AUGUAUGCUUUACGAUGUCCUGGCAUUCUUGCGGCCCUCCUGUGCCUGGUAUCCUUGGGCCUUGCCAAUGGUACCUCUACCUCUACGAGUACGAGUACUGGAACUAGUACUGUUCAAAGGACGCUGGGGAGGGGUAUUAAUAGCGGACUACGUAUUCGUGGAGGUAGAAUUCGUACCGUUAUGGCAACAUCCGAAAACGCGCGCCAUUUGAAAUACAGCAAGGACCGCGAUGGAAACAACAAGAGGAGAAGACCCAACCGAGUCGGUUACAAGGGAGAAAGUGAAGAUAUUGUUAAUAGCAGUGAAGAAGAAGCAGUACAAGAAGAGCAAGAAGAAGUGCACGAAGAGCAAGUAGAGCAAGAAGAAGAAGAACCAUCUUCUAUGGAUGAAGGCUUCUUGGCCAAUCCAGCUCUAGGUGCCAUCGAAGGAUUCAGUGGGGACAGUGCUAGUGCAGACAAUCUGGGUGGUGGAGGUUUCCUUUCAGACUUUGACACCGCCAUGGAUGCUCCAAUCUUUGCUGAAACACAACAUCCAACCACUUUGCCAACUAAAAAUCCAACAAUUGCACCCACCAGCCAACCCACCUUGGAACCAACUAGAACUCCAUCUCUUGCACCCACUCCAACCAAAGCCAGCCAAAAGGGUAAUAGACACUUCAAAGGAAAACGGGCCAAGAAGCAACCCAAUCCAAAGAGCAAGAUACGAGAAAUGCAUAGACUCAAACAACCAAAACUAUCCCAGGAUACAGAUACAGAUACAGAUACAGAUACCGCUAGCUUCGAUGCAGUGGGGGAUCAACUCAAUCAGGUGGCUGAUUUGACAGACCAGUCAGCAAGGCAAGAUGACAGCAUGCCAGAAAGCCCCACUGCAACACCAACAGGAGCACCCACAGACAAUCCAACAGGAAUUCCCACAAGAAUAACAAGCCCACCAACGAAGAGUCCCACGGACUCACCGACUAGCUCGCCGACCGGCGCAAGCACCAAACAACCUUCUAUUGCUUCCACUGACGACAACGUUGAAAAUUCGCCAACAGCACCAGAAUCACAACAACCAACACUACAACCUUCGAUGGAAGAAAUGACAAUGGUCACAAUCACAAAAACUCCCACAAAUAGCCCCACCACCAUCACCACCACCACCACCGCCGCCACCACUACGACUCAAUCAACAGCAACGCCAACAGCAACAUCCACUACAAGCGAGCCUACAGCAAUGGCAUCAACCGCAACACCGACAGUCCCGACCACCGACAAGCCUUCCGUUACAACCACUACGGAUCCACCAAAGCCUACAAACAGUCCCACUGCAACAAAGCCGCCUGCAGCGGUUACCCCAGUACCAGUACCCACGCAAGAUACUUGGAUGACGGUGGAACGUCCAAGGCCCACUCCCGAGACUGCCGCCACCAUCAAACCCACCUAUACAAACGCAUACUGGAGUGUCAACAAGGCCCUCGAAGAAGAAUUGGUGGAAAUGGAUUGCCCUUCUGAUAACGUGCAACACUUUCAAACCAAUAUUCGAGUGGAAUACGAUGGACGACCAGAGCUCCUAACCCCUGACGAAAUUUCCACUCUCGAACGGUCAAUGGCGACCCUCUACAACACCGAAAGCACUAUGCUUUGUGAUUCUUACUUUCGAAACAUUCAAAGCAUUGAGUUGCAACUGGGUUCUCGUGGUUACGUAUUCCAAAUUACCGCCACCUGCCGCGACUGUCCCGUCGACACGACUUCGCUCCUGGCUGGUUCAGUCGCCGAGACGAUUCGUAUGGCUGCAAAAGAUUGGUUUGCUGAAAAGUUUGACACGGCUUCCGAGAGUGCUGGUGAUUCGUACUACGGCUGGAUCAGUCAAUAUGGCGGCAGAAUGGUAAACAGCGACGGCCUGACUUCACGCGCACGACAACAAGAACGGAGACGAGUGGUGCAGGAGGACUUGUGUUAUUGCCCACCAGACAAGUCACCCUCUUCGCCACAAGCGGUCACCCAGAAGGAGUUUGUCAGGAUACAAAACGUGGCCAUUGAGGAACUUCGCACAGCGGGAUUGAUCACCAGUGUUGAAGGCAUUCUGAGUGUGCAAGAAAUUAGUUAGUAAUCAGACGAGCUGCCGAAACGGAACGAACAACCGAGCCCAUCUCUGCGGCACCGCUUUGGGGGUGCUAUUGUUCCGACUACGACUGGAGGACUUCCUCCGGCGAGGAUCUUCAGUUCUUUGCGGUGGACUGGAAGGUGGGAAGCUCACGAACGGUGGUCGAGUCGCGGGAAUCAAAUCCGCAGCACCCGGAACGCCACCCACCUCGGCAACACCUCGCUCUGCACUCUGCAAGUACGAAGACGGACUCGACUCUAGAUCUAGCUAGACAAA